UCCGCUGGGGAGCCCAGCCUGACUCGGACUCGGUCUCUGCUGCCUCUGCUGCUGCCUCUGGCCCGGGACGACAGACGGAGGGACGGAGGGAAGGAAGGCAGCCCAUCCACGCGUGACCCUGCUGUUGGCGAUGCUGUGGUCGGGCUUGGAGGUGCUCUCGGCGCUGGCCACGGCGGCCGCCUGCCUGGUCUCGCUCUCGCUGCUUCUGGCCGUCGCCCAGCAGCUCUGGCAGCUCCGGUGGGCGGCCACGCGCGACAAGGGCUCCCGGCUCCCGCUGCCCAAGGGCUCCAUGGGCUUCCCCCUCGUCGGGGAGACCUGCCACUGGCUCCUGCAGGGCUCUUUUUUCCAGUCUUCCCGGAGGGAGAAAUACGGGAACGUCUUCAAGACUCACCUGUUGGGUCGGCCCCUGAUUCGAGUGACGGGGGCCGAGAACGUGCGCACCAUCUUGAUGGGCGAGCACAGCCUGGUCAGCACCGAGUGGCCCCGCAGCACCCGCAUGCUCCUGGGGCCCAACUCCGUGGCCAACUCCAUCGGAGACAUCCACCGCCACAAGAGGAAGGUGUUCUCCAAAAUAUUCAGCCACGAAGCCCUGGAGAGCUACCUUCCAAAGAUCCAGAUGGUCAUCCAAGACACGCUGCGUGCUUGGAGCAGCAAUCCGGACUCCAUCAAUGUCUAUCAUGAAGCGCAGAAGCUCACCUUCCGCAUGGCCAUCCGGGUCUUGCUGGGGUUCCGCAUCCCGGACGAAGAACUUGGGCAACUCUUUGAGGUCUACCAGCAGUUUGUGGAGAAUGUCUUCUCUUUGCCUGUGGACCUGCCUUUCAGUGGCUACCGGAAGGGCAUCCGUGCGCGAGAGGCAUUGCAAAAGGGUUUGGAGAAAGCCAUCCGGGAAAAGCUGCAAAACACGCAGGGCAAGGACUACUCCGAUGCCCUGGACAUCCUCAUUGAGAGUGGCAAGGAACAUGGCAAGGAGCUCACGAUGCAGGAACUGAAGGAUGGCACCCUUGAGCUGAUUUUUGCCGCCUACGCAACCACCGCUAGCGCCAGCACUUCUCUGAUUAUGCAGCUCCUGAAACAUCCCGCCGUCCUGGAGAAGCUCCGUGAAGAGCUGAGGAGCAAAGGGAUUCUGCACAACGGCUGCCUCUGUGAGGGUUCCCUCCAGCUGGACACCAUCAACGGCCUCCGCUACCUGGACUGCGUCAUCAAGGAGGUCCUGCGUCUCUUCACUCCCAUCUCCGGAGGGUACAGGACGGUACUACAGACCUUUGAGCUGGAUGGCUUCCAGAUCCCCAAAGGUUGGAGCGUCAUGUACAGUAUCCGCGACACUCAUGAUACGGCCCCAGUAUUUAAGGACGUGGACGUGUUCGACCCGGACCGUUUUGGGCAGGACCGGACGGAAGACCGAGAUGGCAGGUUCCACUACCUCCCUUUUGGCGGAGGGGUAAGGACCUGUCUCGGCAAGCACCUUGCCAAGCUCUUCCUCAAGGCGCUGGCCAUCGAGUUGGCCAGCAUGAGCCGGUUUGAGCUGGCCACCAGGACAUUCCCGCGCAUCACGCUGGUGCCGGUCGUCCACCCCGUCGACGGACUCAAGGUCAAGUUCUUUGGACUCGACUCGAACCAGAACGAAAUCUUGACAGAAACAGAAGCCAUGCUGGGUGCCACUGUGUAAGCCGAGUCUGCGGUUGGCUUCUCUUGGUCGGCUUUGGGAGGUUGAGGGCCCCGGAAACGGAAACGGAGGGGAAGGAGGACGGAGCCAAACCCUGUCGCUGGCGGAGCCUUAGGGCCGCCCUCAGAGACCUUUUUGUGUGGGACGUCUUUGUGCAAAACCUUAUCCGAUGAAUAUGCCAAAACUGUGGUGGCGUUUGUGUGUGUGUGUGUGUGUGUGUGUGUGUGUUGUGGGGAGGGAAAGCAUUGGAUCACCUGAGUCCCCCCCCCCAUUUUUCUUUCUAAAUUAUCUUCACCCUAGAAACAAAACAGUAUAUAAAUGUUCACAUGCCCCAAAACAGAAAGAUUUUUUUGCUGCAAGAGAAGGUUGCCCACUGGGCCCCUGCAAUUGGCACACCGUCCCUGCAAGGUCUGACUGCUCUCUCUGUCUCUCUCUUUCCCCCCUUGAAUGGAGUCCAGUGAAUGACCUUUAAAGUACAAUGGGCCCUUGGCAUCCGGCGGGGUUUGGUUCAAGGACCCAGCUCCCUUUGGAUACCAAAAUCCAAAGAGGCUUAAGUCCCAUUAUAUGCAAUGGCCUAGUAAAAUGGAGUUCCUUAUAUACAAUGGCAAAACCAAGGUUUGAGAUAUAUAUGUAUAUUUUCAAGCCAUGGAUAGUUGAAUCCGUGGAUGAAAAAAUCCAUGGAUAUGGAGGGCCAACUGAAACAGUGUUAAUGGAGCCAGUGAAGUACAACAGUGUUAGGGAAAGUAUAGCAUAUGAUUACAAUUUCUGAACAAACCAACAGCACUUUGUUCCAAGGAGGAUGUAGUUUAUCGAUCAAGAGUAUAAUUUUAUCAUAGUGAUUAACAAACAGAAUGCAAUAAAUGAAUUCACAAAGCCUUUUGGCUUCUGCCUUUUGUUGCUCAAAAUAAUGAAGAUGUGGGGUGCAUGCGGUGAUUGUUUAAAACACUGUUGCCAACAGUCUCAAAUGGAGGAUGGCUUUAUGUCCCAAACUAGAGGAUAAUAGACAGGACCAUCGUCUACUGAAUGGCCACCUUGGACGCAGCUCACUUCUAAUUUUGAGCAACUGCAGAAGGACGAGUGCAAAACACUUUGCUAAUUUGUUUGUUUGCUCAUUUAUAUAUGCAUGCUUUCUUUGGAGAAAAAGGCCAAAAGACAAUCUAUGCUCUGCUGACCUUUCAAAACUUCCCUUGAGUUUUGUCGUUACUGUUGUUGCAGAGGACAGCCAUGUCUCAUGCAUCCAACACCAGCAAGAUGUGUCUUCUUUUGGCCUUUUUGGGGGGUUGCUUGUAAAAUGCUCACCCUGGGCCUCCUCCCCACUCAGAAGGAAGAAUUAUGAACUGUGUAAUCCUGAACUUAAAUCUUGAGAAUGCAAUUAAAUGUUAAUUAAACCAUUAAAAACAACAACACCCAGUUAAUAAUACCUGGCCCCAACAAGUCAUUCUUCAGUGGGACAAGUUUUCAGAUCCCAGUUUGCCCACUAGUCACAGUAGUUGGUUGGGAUCCUACACUGAGGAGAUGGAGCAUAAUAUUAUAUUCUUGGAGUUAAUUUGUGUUCAGGUGAUCUUAGUGAAUAGCAAUGUUGCACAACCCAAAGUGCAUAUGCACCUACAUGAAGAAUGUGCGGUGCAUACUGAUGCACCAUGCACAUGAGCAUCAGUGUGGAACAGUGUAUGUACAACUGUUUUCAGUGUGCAUCCAUGCACAACUUGGCUUCCAUCUAUGGUCCAUGCAGAAUGUCUGUAAUUGGACUUGGGCCGAUUCCAGUCAUUCUGCAUGGACCAUAAAUGUCCAACCGCUUUUCUGGGGAAAUGUACAAAUCUGUAAGAAACCAACAGGGUUUUGACCUUUGUGUCUGGCCAGGGAAAUGGCUCCUGAGAAAGGGAUUGCGGGAACGCUUUCCGUAGAGAGAAAACAUGCGAGGACAACUCUUUCUUGUUUGCAGAGACUGGCUCAGAGAACUAAAACUGCCUGAUCUGCCUCAAAGGCCCCUGUACUUGACUCAAACCAAUAGCUGCCAUCUUGUACACAAUUGUGCAUCCACUGAGUGGGCAAACUACGUGGCGUGCAAAAUGCAACUGUUGUUUAGUGCCAAAAUUAAAAUAGUAACUGGGAUGGAGAUGCAGAAUACAUUGCAGAUGUCAGAACUCAUUCCAAGACCAGUAGGCUCUGUUUGCUGGCCCAGUACCUUGGAGGAGGCCUGCGGAGGAUAUUCUAAAGGAUACCACUGAGCUAAAGCAAUGGACCUUGCUUCCUCUGUGUGUGUUUGAGAAAUAUCUGCCAUUGGCAUUUGCUUGGCUCUGAAUGGACCAUUUCCUUCUCCUCUUCCUGGCAUUGCCUUUCAGAAGUGGCACCCAACCCUUGAGCCCACUUCAAAUGGCUGGAUAGUAACCACUGCGCGCCUUUUGCCCUUCAUAAUCCCCAUUUGCACAUUUUUGAAAUGUGUAUGGGUCUUAAGUUGUGUGUAAUAAAGCCAACAUGUUUUAGUGGUUUGAGCAUUAGACUAUGGCUCUGGAGACCAGGGUUCGAUUCCCUUGAAGGCACACAACAACAACAACAACAAAGCAGUAACCUUGCAAGUGGUUCUGCUUCAGAGUCAGUGCUGUUGGUGUCUUAUGUGUGUUCAUUCACUCACAGAAAGAGUCGGAAACUGUGUGCACAUCUGUGCAAGGUUGUGGAAGUGCAGUUGUGCAUGCAUCUGCACAGUGCAUGGAGGUGCAUUGUACCAUUGGCACAGAUGUGCAUACAGAUUUGGUUGUGCACUCAACCACACAUUUUUGCAGCCUUGGUUCAGCUAUGCGAUGUUAUUUAACACUAGGGUUACCUAGUGCAAUCUAUGCAUGCAGACGUUUACAACUCUGGCUUCGGAUCUGGCUUUUGUGCAUGUGUCUUUUUUAAAAUUGGCUCUGGCUUCCCUUCUUAGCAGUGGAGAUCCACAAAAUCUGGCCAUUAUUGCCCAAUAAAACAAGAUGCUCCUUAAGCAUUCAAUCUAUACCUUAUCUGCAUGGUUCCCACACUUUGAGACUCCAGGUGUUUUUGGACUUCAGCUCUCAGAAGCCUUAGCCAGGUAGACCAACAGUCAGGAAUUCUGGGAGCUGAAGUCCAAAACAUCUGGAGGGCCAACGUUUAGGCAAGGCAACAGGUCCAGUCUUAUAGGAACAUCUGGUGAAGUCUUGCGCCGUUCCAGGCGUUUAUGAGGGUCUCUUGCACUGCUGCUGUGCAUGUGGGAGCGCAACCCAAAUUGUAUGGCGAAGAGCCCCAAAUGACUGGAAGCAUCUUAGAAUCAUAGAGUCUAAGAAUAAUAGAAUCAUAGGUUCAAUCCAGCCCCAAAGACAGGAGAACAAGAGAGCUCUGAAAGCUUGCAGAAGGAUAGAAGUUGCUGGGAAGCUUUCAAUGCCAAGUUAUCUCACUGUGAUGGGAAACCAAGGAAAGGGUCUUUCAUUUAAAAAAUGUGUCCCCCCCCCCGAUGUUUUGGACUUCAGCUCCCAGAAUUCCACACAGUUGGACAAACUGUCUGGGGCUUAUGGGAAUUGAAGUCCAACUUAUUUGGAGGUCCGAAGUUUGGAAACCAGAUUUGUAAGGGACUCCUUAAAACUCAAACCAGUUGUGCAGGAAGUGAAUGGAUGAGAAGCUGAAGAGACACAAAUCUUUCAACUUUUUACAUAUAUUUAUAUAUAGUAAAGGUUAUCUAUAUAUGUGUGUGUAUAUAUAUAUAUAUAUAUAGAUAUAUAUCUGAAUGCAUGUGCGUGUUGUAUCUAGGCAAGGAUAGCGCCUGUCUGAUUUACCAUUCCCAACUAAUAUAACUUGACUAUGUGUGUGUGUGUGUGUGUGUGUGUGUGUGUGUGUAUAUACAUAUCUAUAUAUGUAUAUGUGCCUAUAUAUAUAUAUAUGUGUGUGUGUGUGUGUGUGUGUGUGUGUGUGUGUGUAUGUAUAAACUGUUACUGCAGUGGGUUUGCAGGAUAAAGCACUUUCGAGACUCAAAAUAUGUGUUUGUCUUGUGUUUCUUUUUUAUUUCUUAGCACCAAUCCAGUUUUUGCUAUAUUAUUUUAUACACAAAGGUGGUGUGUUUGUGUGCGUGUGCGCAUUCUUUUUUUGUUGUUGUUGUCAGUCUGAGUGCAUAAACUAUUAUUGUUAUUAUUAUUAUUAUUUUAUUAUUAUUAUUAUUAUAAGUACUAUUUUUGUUAUAAUUCCAAAAUAGCUAUUUAGUAUUAAAAGUGUUGCUGGUUUUUUUGUU